UUGAGGUAAUCAGGCGUACAACAUGAACUUUGACCCAUAUUAUGUAUCCCCACCCCGAUAAUAUAUAAGACGGAAGGACAAAGCUCAAGCUGCCAGAAUCGUCGUCCCACUUUACGUGUAGAAACACAGUGUCCUAUAUAACAUGGCGACCCCGGCUGUAUCUCAUCUGGAAAAAGAGAAGGGAAGUAAUGGACGUGGAGAGGAUCUUUCGCGUACACACAAGUGUGGCGAGUGCGGCAAGGAGUUUCGUCGACUGAGUGGCUUAAAGAGACAUAUGCGUUCUUACACUUGCAAGAGACCGUUAAGAUGUGGGAAGUGCAGCAAACAGUUUAGUUGGCUUUGUAAUCUGAAGAGACAUAUGAGAACCCACACCGGUGAGAGACCUUAUAAGUGUGACAAGUGUAGCAAACAGUUUAGUGACCAGGGCAAUAUGAAGAGUCAUAUGAGGACUCAUACUGAUGAGAAACCAUUCAAAUGUGAGGAGUGCGGAAAUCAGUUUAGUAGGAUGUAUCAUCUGAAGAGUCAUAUACGGACUCACACCGGAGAGAAGCCCUAUAAGUGCGAAGAAUGCAGCAAACAGUUUAGUGUGUUGGGUGGUCUGAAGAUACACAUGCGGACACAUACCGGAGCUACCAGGGUGAAACCCUACCUUUGUGAGGAAUGCAGUAAGACUUAG